AUGCUGGACGAAGCGAAAGCCAAAUGGCCCUCGAUUACCGACCCUUGCUUCAUUGCACAUCCUAUCAGCAUGGCCCUUCCACAACAAGCGCUUGGGCUGUUUCAUCCAGGAUACAAUAUCCUGCAGAUUCAUCAGAAUGGUCACCUCGGUCGCAUUUUUCGACGACCAGGAUACUUUCCCGGCUCCGGCUUCGAUCAUUGGGAAUCGAUCCCUGUCAUUUGCUGGCUGGGAAAUAUGCCGAGAUCGUAUCCAUCUAGCUGGUUAGAUUCAUCUGAAAGGCCCCAUACCUCUGAGGCAAAAGUGGUCCUUACCUGCCAACCUUGUUCUAUGUGGCUUGAUAGCGAUAGAGAGGCUGUAACGAGCCCAGGUUCUUUCGGGCCCACUAAAGUCACCCCUUUUGACUCUCCUCAAGCGCCUCCAGACUGGAGCUUCCAGAAAUCGCUACACACAAUACCCCAGUGGCAGUUUAAAUGCAGAUACCCGGGCUGUAACCGCCAAUUCAGGCGCCGAAAGGCCCUCGAGCGACACCUGACAUGCCACUCAGAUGAAAGGCCGCACGUCUGCUGGGUGCCAGAAUGUCAUCGCAGCUUCAAACGCUCGGCCAACCUGAAGGCCCAUUACAUGACUCAUGUCAAAAUGGGCGGUCGCAAUCGCUAUGUGACAACCUUGGACAAUAUGAGUUCUGUCUACAGCCCGGAGUUUCGCGGUCAAUUGACAUUGGAGGGGUGGCCAACUCAUGAAUAG